AAAAAAGAUAGACGAAGCUUGUAAUUUUAACUCGAGUCAUCAGAUCCCGGAAGUAUCUUCAUCCAUUUUACGAGCAAUUGUUCAUCAAAAUCCGGGCAAAUGUUCAUACAGUGAUGAGGCAAGGCCAAGGAAAGGCGAAACAAAUUUCACUACUGGCAAUUGAUUCCUGAUAGAGCCCUCGAAAUUCCAUCUCGGAGUAUUGUAAUCGUCUGGUAACAGUUUGCGUAUAAGAGAUUGAAACGGAAGGUUGGGCUAGCGGAGAGAUCUUCAUUCUGAGGACGCCAAAUUUAAAUGUGGAUUUGUUUUUAUUUUCUUGCUUGUCUUAUUGUCGUAUAAAUGAGAAGUUGAGAUUGUAAUUAUGGAAAGCGAAUUCCAGAGAUCGUUUUCUUCGCGGGUGAACCGUAGAGGAGAUCGUAAUAUUCAAAAUCUGCACCCUAAAGAUGUUGAAGGAGGUUUAAUUUCUCCUGGAAAGUUGCCUGCGGAUUACCCAAUGAAGAUUUUUUGGAAGAAGGGGUUUAUUCGAUUAUUUCUUGUGGGUGGAAUUUUAUGGAUGUUGCUGAUUCUCAUUGCCUCCCUCUUUCAUGUUUGGUCUUGCCAUUCUUCCAUCACUUUUUUCUCCGCUAUGUGUAAUAAAGAUAGUAAAGUUUUCACAAUCUUGGACUCAAUGGGAUUCAUGGUGAAGGCACAACACCGUUGUUCGAUUCCCUUAGUGGAUGAAGCUGAUAGAGUAGUCAUUCCGAAAGGAAGAACUCGAGAUGAAAUUGUCAAAAAACUUGUCUACAUCACCGAAGAUGAGUACUCGUUAAAUGGAUCUCAAACAUCCCCGCUGUUUGGAGGACACCAGAACUGGACUCAAAGAGAGGAAAGCUUUAAACUAAAGCCAACCAUGAAGGUGCAUUGCGGUUUUAUGCGAAAUGGUGGGGCUGAAAUGGUUGCUGCUGAUAUCAAGUAUGUCAAGAAGUGUAGGUUUGUGGUUGCCUCUGGAAUUUUUGAUGGAUAUGAUGUUCCUCAACAGCCUUCAAAUAUAAGUGUUCGCUCUAAAGAUCUAUUCUGCUUCCUUAUGGUGGUGGAUGAGAUUUCUAUGCAAUUUAUAAGAGAGAAUGUUACCAUUGAGGUGGAUAACGAUGGAGGAAAAUGGGUUGGUAUUUGGCGCCUCAUUCUACUGAAGCAUCCACCCUAUGAUGAGCCACGAAGAAAUGGAAAGGUUCCGAAGAUAAUAACUCAUCGAUUGUUCCCUCAAGCACAGUAUAGUAUCUGGAUUGAUGGUAAAAUGGAGCUGAUAGUUGACCCUUUGCUCAUUCUAGAAAGAUACUUGUGGCGUGGGAAUCAUACCUUUGCCAUUGCGCAACAUAAGCAUCAUCGUAGUAUCUAUGAAGAGGCUGAUUCCAAUAAGCGAAGGAAGCGAUAUGCUCGUCCUCUUAUUGACCUUCACAUGAAAAUAUACCGUUAUGAAGGAAUGGAACCAUGGAGUCCAGAGAAGAAAACUGUCAGUGAUGUUCCAGAGGGAGCCAUUAUUAUAAGGGAACAUACAGCAAUGAGUAAUUUGUUUAGCUGCCUAUGGUUCAACGAAGUUCACAUGUUCACACCAAGAGACCAACUGAGUUUCGGGUACGUGGUAUACAGGCUAGGCGAUUCUUUCAAGUAUUUCAUGUUUCCGAAUUGUGAGUAUUACUCGCUUUUUAUUUUGCACCCACAUACGAGAGAGCACUCUUCUCUGAUAGAGUGGGUUAAAGAUUGGGAUCAACUUAAGGGGAAGAUGAGCAGCAUGAAAGAGUAUAAACAAUGGAAGAAGCGUAACCCGUCGACGAGUUUGAUAGAGACGAAGGGAGGAUUAGGUUUGUGGACUACUUACCCUGGAAACCUUGAUUCAGUUGUACUCCCAUCUGUGGUGAGAUCAUCAAAAGCAGGAUGAACUUUGAUUCUAAAUUUGUUAUUUACCUUACUUUAUUCUGAAGGAAAUGAUGAAGAAAUUUUGCCAUUCCAGUUCUUUCCCAUAUAUAUUCAUCAUAGACUUGGUCA